CUCAAAGUUACGACAAUUGUGACACCUUUCUGUUUUCUAAUGACAUUCAAUUCAGCAUGGAAAUAACGCACAAGUUUACGUUUGUUCCACCUGAACGAGUCUGACCACAAGUCAGGGACCACUAUGGUGACACACCAAAUGCGCUUGAAGAAUUAUUUUUGCCUCUGCUAAUGCCUUUUAAAGGGAAAGUAAUUCAAAUGUAGUCAGAUUAUGUUACUGAGUUUGGGUAGUCCAAAGGUUAUGUCACUGAUAACAUUUUGGGACAGGUAACUAGUAACUGUACCGGAUUCUAUUUAGAAAGUAACCUACCCAACCAUGUCAAAUUAUAAACCUCAAAGGGAAGGAAAAUCUUAUCUGAGAUUACAGAGCAACUCACUCUUCUAAUGAACAAAAUACAGAAGUGACUGAUUAACAUAUCUGAAGGUAGGCCACACACAGGAAUGCUCUAUUUUCCUAAACCUUUAAAUGGCAAAUUGGCACUGUAUCUAUCAGUGUUGUAGAUAAAUGUGACAACAUUAACUCUUUUUUUGUUUUGUUGUUUUUUAAAGGUGAUUGUGAGAGUAAUUGGGAGGUGACUUUCAACGAUACAGCUCCAUGUGCCUUAAAAGGGUCGUCAGUGGUGUUUGGAUGCAGUUAUGACUACCCCUCAGACCAGACUAUUACAAAUACCUUCUGGAAGUUCCAGACUCAAAAUUAUGAUACAAAUUUCUUUGAGGCCCAGCAAUACGGACAACGUGUAGAAUACCUUGGAAAUAAUAAACACAACUGCACCUUGAGAAUGAAUAACCUAAAUAGUAGUGAUGCAAAUUCCUAUCUCUUCAGAUUUAAGACAGUUAAUAAGUAUGGCAAACUGAAUGCAUGGAGCAGUACAACAUCAGUUUCACUAACUCUGACAGGGCUGAAAGCUGAAGUAAACCCUGCCACUGUGAGAGAGGGAGAGAAGGUGACACUAACAUGUAGCACAACCUGUACACUGAGUGACCAUCCAACUUUUGUCUGGUUCAGGGAUGGACAAUCAGUAUCAAAAACAGAGUUUCAGGCAAAUAGUGAGGAUUCUGGUAGAUACCGAUGUGCUGUUCAAGGUCAAGAUCUUCUCUCGUCUGCUCCAGUGUCUCUUGAUGUCCAAUAUGCUCCAAAGAAUGUCACAUUGUCAGUCAGUCCAUCUGGAGAUGUUACUAAGGGUAACUCAGUCACUCUCACCUGUAGCUGCAGUGCAAACCCCCAUGUGUUGGCCUACAUCCUGUAUAAGGAGAGUGGGCAGUCCCUUGCAACUCUGACACCAUCGCAGAGUCACACCAUUCGUAGCAUCAAGCUCACAGACAGUGGAGGGUACUACUGCCAGGCACAAAAUGAAGUCAGUAAUGUCAAGUCUAAUGUAACUUCACUCAACGUUCAGUACCCUCCUGAGGACACCUCUGUGUCAGUCAGUCCCUCUGGUCCAGUGGUAGAGGGCAUCUUUGUGAAUCUGACCUGUAGCAGCCAUGCUAACUCAGCAGUGAGCUACACCUGGUACAGAGUCAAUGGGAGCAGCCCUAUCCAGUCAGGGACUCAGUUGAUACUUGAGAAGGUUUCUCCUGCUAACUCAGGGAGGUAUUACUGUGAGGCAAGGAACAAACAUGGAGCCCUCAACUCAUCACUCCUGUUUCUUGAUGUUCUGUAUCCCCCAAGGAACACCUUGGUAUCAGUCAGUCUCUCUGUCCCACUGUUAGAGGGAAGUUCUGUGAACCUGACCUGCAGCAGUCAUGCCAACCCAGCAGUGGAGAACUACACCUGGUUUAGGAAGGUUGGAACAGACACCUCACAGACAGGUUCAGGAGAGGUGUUGAGAUUGACCUCUCUAAACUCCUCUGACAGUGGACAGUACUUCUGUGAGGCCAGGAACAGAGAAGGGGCUCACAAGUCUACUGUGGUGUCUCUGACCAUACAGAGUGCCAAUCAUGCUACAAAGACUGUCCAAAUGUCAGUUUACAUUGGUUCCGCGGCCGCAGUUUUCAUGGUGAUCAUACUUCUUGUGUUCUUAUGGAUGUGGAAGAUCCCAUUCAAAUUAUGUCAAAGGACUGCUGUGGACAAAGAGUACUAUCAAGACCCAGUCUUAUCCAGUAGAAGGACCAGUAAUGACCCAGCAUCACAGGAAACUAGAACGGAGGAACAGGAAAAUGCCCUCUAUGCCAACGUUCAACUGCCUCCCUCUCACACCCACCACCAAGACAGUUCUCUGUACUCUGUGGUCGAGCCACCAGCUCUGCAGAACCCUCCUGACCCUCAUUACGCUACCUUUGACUUCCAGCAGUUCCAAAGCUCCAUUGACGGGGCCCAACUCUCCAGACCCCAAUGUGGAGAUGAUGUUGUAUACUCCACAGUGAAAGCCAUAAAGGCCAAUGUGACAGACAACCUCCAGUACGCCAGCAUCCCGUUCCCCCUCCCCAGUCCUACUGCCAGGCUGGAAGAAAGUUUAGAGGUGGACCAUUCUGUUAUCUACUCCACUGUUGCCAAACCUGAAGCCUGAACAUUUCCUUACAUAUUGGUGAAUAAACUAAGCAGCACUGGAACACAUGUUAAGAUAUGUAAAGUAUGGAAUUAAUAAGUAGUUAUGGAAAUAGAUGUAUAUGUGUUGUACUGUACUUGUAAUGUGUGUGCCUCACGUGUGAUGAUGAGCUUCCAUUGCUUGUGCAUGCUUCUGUCUUGAUAAUUGAAUGGUCAACCCUGACAUUUUAUUGGCUGACUGUUUCUUUUUUUGUUUGAGGUGCAACCACCCAGGGGAAGGUGCUUGUAAGAGGGAAGUGGCCAUGUGACUGGUUUAGUUUAUAAAUAUCUGACUAAGUUUGAGAGAAUAUUGUUUAUUUAUCUUGAAUUGAAGUUGAAUUAAUAUUUUGUUAGAUCUUCCCUCGACUGCACCAGAACCUGUAUUUUUGGUUGUUUAGUUUGUUUGUUUGUUUGAUUAAUUGUGUACUGUUAUGACCUCCUUUUUGACCAGGCUGAGAAAGAGUCUCAGUAAUUCAGUUUAAUUCAUAAACGUGUGAACUUGCAA